AUGAGCCCGUCGUCCUCGCCGGAGAUAUCAAGCCUCAACGUUGUCGACCUCCGUGCAGAGUAUGCGGCCCGGAGACUCUCGCCAGUCGACGUCGUGCGGCACGUCUAUGGUAGAAUAUCCUCGUACCAGAACCAUGACCCGGCCGUCUGGAUCUACCUGAUCCCCGAAUCCCAAGCAGUGAGGCGCGCAGAGGAACUGGUGGACACGUACUACAGGUCCGACCCCGACCUCCCUCUCCCGCCGCUGUUCGGGAUCCCGUUCUCCGUCAAAGAUUCGAUCGACAUCAAGGACCUCCCGACGACGCUCGCGUGCCCGACGUUCGCUCAUACAGCGACGGAAACAGCACCGGCGAUCUCGCGAAUCCUUGCCGCGGGCGGGAUCCUCGUGGGCAAAACCAACCUCGACCAAUUUGCCACCGGGCUAACCGGUGUGCGCUCUCCCUGGGGCGCGCCUCGCUGCGUGUUCGACGCCGAUUACGUCUCGGGGGGGAGUUCGUCGGGCUCGGCCGUGAGCGUCGCCGCGUCCUUGGUCUCCUUCACCGUCUGCACGGACACGGGAGGCAGCACCAGGGUGCCCGCGGCGCUCAAUGGCGUCGUCGGCCUGAAACCCACGCUGGGGACCAUCAGCACCGAAGGCUUGUUCCCCGCGUGCAAGAACAUCGACUGUGUGUGCGUCAUGGCCCGAACGGUGGAUGAUGUCGAGCAGGUCUGGGGAGUGAUGAGAGCAUUUGACGAGCGAGACGUGUUUGCCCGUCGCGAGCUGCCCGCGUGGGAACCCUGGAAGGAUCCAAUCCGCUUUGCCAUCCCACCCGAAGACGUCCUCCACGACAUCUCACCUGCCUACCUCGGACUGUUCCAGAACGUAGUCACGGCCCUCCGAGGCCGCAAGGAAUGGUGCAUCGAGGCCCCCGCGGGAUCUUUCGACUACGGGCCCUUCUCCGCGGCGAACCAGAUGCUGUACGACUCGUCGAUCGUGGCCCAACGCCUGCUCGCGUUCGAGCCGUACAUCCACACCCACGGCCUCAACUCGCUACAUCCGGCCAUCCAGACGACAUUCCAACAAGCGCUAGACCAGCAUUUCACGGCCGAGCGCGCGUACGCCGACAUCUUCACGCUCGCACAACACAAGCGGCACGCCGAGGUGCAGUUCCGCGACCAGAUCGACGUGCUCGUCGUGCCCAGCACCGUCGACCACUUCACCGUCGCGCAGCUCGAGAUGGAGCCCAUGGCGCGCAACAAGGUCCUGGGCCGCUUCACAAACUUCGUCAAUCUCCUCGACUUGGCGGCCGUCAGCGUCCCCGCCGGCGCGUGGGUGAACCCCAACGGUAAGAAAUUGCCCUUUGGCGUCACGGUGAUUGGCCAGGCGGGCAAGGACAGGGAGCUCAUGGCCUUUGGGAGGGAGCUCAUCAGGGUCAUGGCGGAGGAGGUGUAA